AUGGCGGACCGGCGGCGCGCGUGGAACACGGAGGACGACCUGCCCGUGUACCUGGCGCGGCCGGGUAGCGCGGCGCAGACGCCGCGCCAGAAGUACGGCGGCAUGUUCGCCGCGGUGGAGGGCGCUUACGAGAACAAGACCAUCGACUUCGACGCGUACAGCGUGGGCCGCCGCGGCUCGGCGCGCACGCCUCGCAGUGCUGGCCGGCCCGACGCCGUCGGCCUGCCGGGGCCCGGCGGUAGCGAGGACACGGCCAGCGACGUGAGUGAGCUCUCGGGCUCGGCGGUCAGCUCGCCGGGCGAGCGCGAGGAGCGACCACCCGCGCUGCGCAUCCGUUGCCCUGCGCCCCGUGACCUGCCACUCGGCCGGGACAAUGGCCAGAGUGACCGACUCCUCAUCAAAGGUGGACGGAUCAUCAACGAUGACCAAUCCUUCUAUGCUGACGUCUACCUGGAAGAUGGACUUAUAAAACAAAUAGGAGAGAACUUAAUAGUUCCUGGUGGAGUGAAGACCAUCGAGGCCAAUGGGCGGAUGGUGAUUCCCGGAGGUAUCGAUGUCAACACGUACCUGCAGAAGCCGUCCCAGGGGAUGACCGCUGCCGAUGACUUCUUCCAAGGGACCAGGGCCGCACUGGCAGGCGGGACCACGAUGAUCAUUGACCAUGUCGUCCCUGAACCUGGGUCUAGCCUGCUGACAUCCUUCGAGAAAUGGCAUGAAGCAGCUGACAACAAAUCCUGCUGCGACUAUUCCCUCCAUGUGGACAUCACAAGCUGGUACGAUGGUGUUCGGGAGGAGUUGGAGGUGCUGGUGCAGGACAAAGGUGUCAAUUCCUUCCAAGUCUACAUGGCAUAUAAGGAUCUCUACCAAAUGUCUGAUAGCCAGCUCUAUGAAGCCUUCACCUUCCUGAAGGGGCUGGGAGCUGUGAUCUUGGUCCACGCGGAAAAUGGAGACUUGAUAGCUCAGGAACAGAAGCGGAUCUUGGAGAUGGGCAUCACAGGUCCCGAGGGUCAUGCUCUGAGCAGACCUGAGGAGGUAAUGGAGCCUCCCCCGGGGUGUGAAUCUGACAUCAUUGAGGGCCUACCCUGA